AUGGAGCUGGGAGGGGCUGUCACCAUCUUUCUGGCACUCUGCUUGUCUUGCCUGCUCAUCCUCAUUGCCUGGAAACGAAUGAAUAAGGCAGGAAAGCUGCCCCCAGGUCCUACACCAAUUCCUUUCCUGGGGAACCUGCUGCAAGUUCGAACUGACGCUACGUUUCAGUCUUUCAUGAAGCUCAGGGAGAAAUAUGGCCCUGUGUUCACUGUGUACAUGGGUCUCCGGCCAGUGGUGGUUUUAUGUGGACAUGAAGCAGUGAAGGAAGCCUUGGUAGACCAAGUGGAUGAGUUCAGUGGCCGUGGAGAACUGGCUUCAAUAGAGCGAAACUUCCAAGGUCAUGGUGUAGCUCUGGCCAAUGGAGAACGAUGGAGGAUUCUCCGACGCUUCUCCCUGACCAUCCUUCGGGACUUCGGGAUGGGAAAGCGGAGCAUUGAGGAGCAAAUUCAGGAGGAGGCCAGCUACCUACUGGAGGAGUUCCGGAAGACCAAGGGUGCCCCCAUCGACCCCACCUUCCUGCUGAGCCGCACCGUUUCCAAUGUCAUCAGUUCUGUUGUCUUUGGAAGUCGCUUCGACUAUGAGGACAAGCAGUUCCUGAAUCUGCUGCGGUUGAUCAAUGAGAGUUUCAUUGAGAUGAGCACUCCCUGGGCACAGCUAUAUGACAUGUACUCUGGAAUCAUGCAGUAUUUGCCAGGAAGACACAAUCACGUCUACUACUUGAUAGAAGAGCUCAAGGACUUCAUUGCCUCCAGGGUCAAGAUCAACGAAACAUCCUUUGACCCCCAAAACCCUCGGGACUUCAUUGACUGCUUUCUCAUCAAGAUGCACCAGGAUAAAAAUAAUCCUCGUACAGAAUUCAACCUCAAGAACUUGGUCCUCACCACUCUGAACCUCUUCUUUGCUGGCACAGAGACAGUGAGCUCUACACUGCGCUAUGGAUUCUUGCUGUUAAUGAAGCACCCUGAAGUGGAAGCUAGGAUCCACGAAGAAAUUAACCAGGUGAUUGGACCACACCGGCUCCCAAGUGUGGAUGACCGGGUCAAGAUGCCCUACACAGAUGCCGUCAUCCACGAAAUACAGAGACUGGUAGACAUCGUGCCCAUGGGUGUCCCCCACAACAUCAUCUGGGACACUCAAUUUCGAGGCUACCUUCUGCCCAAGGGCACAGACGUAUUUCCCCUGCUUGGCUCUGUCCUCAAAGACCCCAAAUACUUCCGCUACCCAGAUGCCUUCUAUCCCCAGCACUUUCUGGAUGAGCAGGGCCACUUCAAGAAGAAUGAAGCCUUUGUGCCUUUUUCCUCUGGAAAGCGCAUCUGCCUGGGCGAGGCCAUGGCCCGAAUGGAACUCUUUCUCUACUUCACCUCCAUCCUUCAGAACUUCUCUCUACGCUCGCUGGUGCCACCUGGGGACAUCGAUAUCACCCCCAAGCUCUCAGGCUUUGGCAACAUCCCCCCAACCUAUGAACUCUGCCUCGUGGCCCGCUGAGCACCACCUCCUGCGGGGCAAGGAGGAAGCAGGGAAUGCAGCUCUCCUCUCAUGUUCAGGAGCACCUGCUCUUCCUCAUCUUACUAAUCCUCACAGCAUCCCUGAGAGGAGGCACUAUGAUUACAGAGUCAGCCAGGGUCACCUGAGAAUGUACAGCUGCGUGUCUUCCCCUCCCAUAGAAGAGCAACGCCCUGUGCAAGAUUUGCACCUCUGCCUGCAGGUUUCAUGGUCACAUGGUCACCGUGGCUUAGGUUUCUGGAUGCAUCAAAUUCUUAGUGUAGACCCUGUGUCUUCAUGUUGUCUCUUUUUGUGUGUGCUGUGAUUUUGACCAAAAUGUAGUCUAAA